GCCCCUCUGCGGCAGGCGGCGGCGGCGGCGGGUACCCAGCACCGGGAGCGGGAGACGCGGGCUGUGGCGCGGAGGGUGCGGACAUGUGCAGGAUGUCCUUCAAGAAGGAAACUCCGCUUGCCAAUGCUGCGUUCUGGGCAGCCAGGAGGGGAAACCUGGCCCUGCUGAAGCUACUGUUAAACAGCGGUCGUGUGGACGUGGACUGCAGAGACAGUCACGGCACCACACUACUCAUGGUUGCCUCCUAUGCAGGCCAUAUAGACUGUGUGAGGGAGCUGGUUCUGCAGGGAGCAGAUAUCAACCUCCAGCGAGAGUCAGGUACAACUGCCCUGUUCUUUGCUGCCCAGCAAGGCCACAAUGACGUCGUGAGAUUCCUCUUCGGAUUUGGAGCAUCCACUGAGUGCCGGACCAAAGAUGGUGGCACUGCCCUGUUAGCGGCCAGUCAGUAUGGGCACAUGCCAGUGGUGGAGACCUUGCUGAAGCAUGGAGCCAACAUCCACGACCAACUUUAUGACGGAGCCACUGCCCUCUUCCUAGCUGCCCAAGGUGGUUACUUAGAUGUCAUUCGACUACUGCUGUCUUCAGGAGCCAAAGUCAACCAGCCAAGGCAGGAUGGAACCGCGCCGCUGUGGAUCGCAUCCCAGAUGGGCCACAGUGAGGUAGUGCGAGUGAUGCUUUUACGGGGAGCUGACCGUGACUCUGCACGCAAUGAUGGUACUACAGCAUUGCUGAAAGCGGCCAACAAAGGGUAUAAUGACGUCAUAGAGGAGUUGCUCAAAUUCUCACCUACUCUUGGUAUUUUGAAGAAUGGGACUUCGGCUCUCCAUGCAGCAGUGCUCAGCGGGAAUAUUAAAACAGUCGCACUGCUCCUGGAAGCAGGUGCAGAUCCAGCUUUGAGAAACAAGGCCAAUGAGCUUCCAGCACAACUAACCACAAAUGAACGCAUACUGAACCUCUUAGGAAGGAAAGAAGAGCCUCGAAAGAACGAACCGUGUUCCGUCUUAGACAGAUAA